UUUGUGGGUGAGACUCCUGUUCAUGGCAGGGACACUCCACUAUGUGGGUCUAACAUGGCUCAGGCUCCUGUGGUGGGACCGCUAUGGCUUUUAGCCGCAUCCGUAAACUGGACCCCCCGUCCAGAAGCACCUACAGGAAAGUGUGGGUCAUGCUGUGUUGCCUCCUCACCUCCUUUCUGCUCCUGCACUGCCUCACCGAGCGCUGCGGCACCUCCGCACCGGCUUCAUCCUCCUCUUCCAGCCGAGCCGCGGGACUUCUUGGGGACCUGAGGUCGCUGAGGACCAAGAGGCUGCUGCGCGGAUGGAUAUCCAGCUCCGAAGCGGAGGGUUUCCUACAUCCGCCGGAUUUAACGGCUCCGAGGAAAGUGUCGUCGAGGCUGGCAGGUCACCUCAGCGCGCUCGGGGAAGGAAGCAAGAAGCUGCCCCAGGCUCUUAUCAUCGGGGUGAAGAAAGGAGGCACCCGGGCUCUGCUGGAGUUCCUCCGGGUUCAUCCGGACAUCCGAGCCGUGGGAGCGGAGCCGCACUUCUUCGACCGUAACUAUGACAACGGCCUGGAGUGGUACAGAGAGCUGAUGCCCAAAACACUGGAGGGUCAGAUCACUAUGGAGAAAACCCCAAGCUACUUUGUGACCAGAGAAGCUCCAGCCAGGAUUUCCGCCAUGUCCCGAAACACCAAGCUGAUCGUCGUAGUGAGAGAUCCAGUCACCAGGGCGAUCUCGGACUACACACAGACUCUGUCUAAGAAGCCUGACAUUCCCUCUUUUGAGAGCCUCACCUUCAAAAACAGGACUACAGGGCUCAUCGACACCUCGUGGAGCGCCAUCCAGAUCGGCAUCUACGCCAAACACCUGGACAACUGGCUGCAGUACUUCCCCAUGGAGCAGAUCCUGUUUGUGAGCGGCGAGCGUUUGAUCAGCGACCCGGCCGGAGAGCUGGGCCGCGUGCAGGACUUCCUGGGUCUCAAGAGGAUCAUCACGGACAAACACUUUUACUUCAACCAGACUAAGGGCUUCCCGUGCCUCAAGAAGGCAGAGGGCAGCAGCAAGCCCCACUGCCUGGGCAAAACCAAAGGGCGGACCCAUCCAAACAUUGACCCCGAGGUGGUGCAGAGACUACGGGACUUCUACAGACCCUUCAACAUGAAGUUCUACCAGAUGACGGGACGUGUUUUUGGCUGGGAUGACUGAAUGUGAUGGUUUUCACACUGACAGGGGGGAAUCGGCUCAAUCUCCCCUCAGUGGCUCACCAGAUAUGCAAUAUUUUAUUUUUCACCAUGAGAGCUGCCUCAAAUCCACAGUGGUGGAGAUACGUUAAAAUGAAAAGAUUUGCAUAACAUUUCCCUGCACUAUCAGAAUUUUUAUUUAAUUUUAUUUUGUUUGGACUUCCAUGAUUGUGACACUUAUUAAUGUGUGCAGCAUUUCAUAUCAGAUGGGUAAAAUCAGCAGCUUUUGAUGAAAGUUGAUCGUAAGCGAUUUAUUGCCAUAUUUUAAACACACAGCUGCUUUUCAAUUUGAUCUUUUUUUCUACUGAGAGAAGGCAAAAAACAUAAAUUGUAUUUUUGAAAUGUAUUUAUUCACAAGUGCAUAAGCAGUAUAUAAGUAUUUUGAAUGGAGUUAAUUUCAUCGUACAUGGACAAGUGGGAAGUCAUUUGUUUCUACUUAACUGUCAUUUCCAGUUUGGCGUUUAUUCUCCACCUGAAUGAAGUUACGAGCUUCGAUGACACUCACUGUUGUUCAAACCACAGAAGCUUCAGCACAGGGGAAAAGGUCUUCAAAGGGAACACGACUCAAAUUUCCUCAACAUGCCUCCUCGUGAAUUGAAUACACUUGAUGUCACUGGCCUCCUUGCCUCCAGGCAAUGUGUGCAUGGAAGUCUUUUUUUUUUUUUUUUAUGAAUCCAGGAAGCCUGAGAACAAUGGCUAAGUUGUGUUCCUAAUUUGUGUCCACUAAAGCAGAUGUGCCUCUAAAGACACAAAUUAACCAGUGUGUUUUUGCAGGGUGAGCAUCACAAAGGAAUAUAAAAUUGAUUUUUAAACUAUCUAAAAAUGUUGUUGUGCUGAUAGCUGUUGGAAUUUCUAUGGUUCACUUUUGAAUAAAAGAUGUUAUAUGCAAA